AUUAACGACCCACGACGAACAACGAAGUAUUGCGAGACGAAAGAACUUAAAUCGGCGUGAAGAGCGUGCACACAAUUAUCCAAAAUGCCUGGACGAGUUUCAACAGCUCGGUCCUCGAGGACUUCAGCUGCUGUAUCACACAAAGCAUCUACCCAAACGUUGAAUUCACGUGCGUCAACAGCAUCACGAAUCUCUACUCCUUAUGUCGAGAUACCAGAAGAAACGCCAGAAAACGAGCUCCGAACUCAAAUCUCAUCUAUUUUCCGCGAUGCGCAACGAACAACGGCCGGACAUAGAAAGUUGGUGAUCAAUCUACGAAAGAUUCAAGAAGCAUGUUGUUAUGAGCCUACAAGCAAGAAGAACAAGACCGGAGCAGAGGAAUUCGAUGAAGAUCAGUUCACACAUGAGUUGACGAGAUGUGUUCUACGGGUUAUGCCAGUGAAGAAGAGUGAGAGCGUGGGAGAACGAUCAAUUCGAUUCAUUGGACUGUUUCUACGACAUGCAAACGAAAAGGAUAACGAGUUGCUCCCGGAGAAUGAGGAGGAUGACGGUGUCAUGGUCGAAACACCGAGCACAAGGUUGACAUCCUAUGUCAUGAACACGAUUCUACCUCUUCUCACGUCCAAGGAGAAGUUCGUACGAUACAGAUCCACGCAGCUGAUUGCACAUGUUAUCAAUUCCUUGGAAGCUAUUGACGAUGAUCUAUUUCAACUUCUGCGACACGGCCUUCUCAAGAGGAUUCACGACAAGGAAGCCAUGGUUCGCGUACAAGCAGUCUUGGGAUUGGGACGACUGGCAGGUAACGAAGCAGACGGUGAAGCGCAAGAUAGUGACGAUGAUGACUCUGCGUCUGGCCUGCUUGAAAGACUUCUCGACGUCCUCCAGAACGAUCCUAGUGCAGAUGUUCGAAGGUCUUUGCUGGUCAACCUUCCUAUUCUUCCAAACACCCUGCCUUUCCUACUGGAACGCGCCCGAGAUCAGGACCCUGCUACUCGAAGAGCACUUUACUCUAGACUUCUGCCAGCUCUUGGAGACUUUCGACAUCUGUCCUUGUCUAUGCGUGAGAAGCUGCUUCGAUGGGGUCUCCGAGACAGAGAUGAGAAUGUCCGAAAAGCUGCUGGCAAAUUAUUUCGAGAACGCUGGAUUGAAGAUUGUGCUGGUACUGCUGAGAAUGAAGAAGGCGAAACAGUUGAAGCAGCCGCUGGAGAAGUAAAGCCACCAAGUUUCGAAGGUCUUCUGGAACUCCUUGAGCGUAUCGAUGUCGUCAACUCUGGUGUCGAAAAUGGAGUCGCAUUGGAGGCUAUGAAGGGCUUCUGGGAAGGACGUCCCGAUUACAGAGACGCUGUUACGUUUGAUGAUAAUUUCUGGGAUACGUUGACGGCUGAAGCUGUCUUCAUGGCGAGAAGUUUCAACGAUUUCUGCAGAAAUGAGGGCAAUGGCAAAUUCGAAGCUUUGGUUGAAGAGAAAUUGCCAGAGGUAACGAAACUUGCUUUCUACCUUCAACGUUAUAUUACUGUGUUGGUCGAAGCCUUGAAACGUGUUGCUCAGCAAGAAAUUGGCGAAGAUGAAGAGGAAGAAGAUACGGUGGAGCAGGAAUUUAUUGUUGAGCAACUCCUUCAUAUUGCCCGGACUCUGGAUUAUUCAGACGAAGCUGGACGAAGAAAGAUGUUUGCUCUCUUGCGACAAUCGCUUUCUGUUCCAGAUCUUCCGGAAGAAGUCACCAAGCUGACCGUUGAGGUCCUUCGAGGAAUCUGUUCUCCUGAUGCCGCCGGAGAGAGGGAAUUCUGUAGCAUUGUCCUUGAAGCUGUUGCUGAUGUCCACGAUACGGUCAUGGAUGAGCCGGCUUCGGAGGAUGCAGAUGAAAGCUUCCACUCUGCACGGUCAGAAGUGAGCGGAGAUGGAACGCCGACCAAGUCAAGCAAGAAUUCCCAACGUACUGAAGAGGAGGACCAAGAAAAGGCUAUUAGAGAGAUCAUGGUCAACAUGAAAUGUCUACAUAUCGUGCAAUGUAUGCUCGAGAAUGUGGAAGGCAACCUUCAGCAGAACGUCGACCUGGUUGCCAUGCUCAACAACCUUGUUGUGCCAGCUGUUCGGUCUCACGAGGCACCAGUCCGAGAGCGUGGUCUGCUCUGUCUUGGUCUUUGUUCUCUCCUAGACAAGUCUCUCGCAGAGGAAAACUUGACGCUUUUCAUGCAUUUCUUCACCAAGGGCCACUCUGCACUACAGAUCACCGCUUUGCAGAUUCUUACUGAUAUCCUCAACACUCAUGGUGCGCACCUGUUGGACACGAACCCAACACUUCUGAAGGUGUAUCUUAAGGCACUCAAGUCUGGAGGAAAGGCUCCUGAGGUCCAGGCUGCAGCCACUGUCGCCAUUGCCAAGCUUAUGCUUGGUCGUGUUAUUGCGGACUCUUCUACAGCGAUCGAUGAUUUGCUCAAGACUUUGGUAGUCCUAUACUUCGAUCCAAGCAGCGCACAUAAUCAAGGUGUGAGGCAAACACUCAGCUAUUUCCUACCUGUGUUCAGCUUUAGUAGAAAGGAAAAUCAAGAUAGGAUGCGAAAAGUGGCCUGCGAUGCAUUGCACAAGUUGUUUGAGGUCCAGGAAACCUUGGACGAUGAUGGAGACGCAGAGACUGAGAUGGUAAGCAUCACUACAAUUGGUGCUCAUCUCAUCGACUGGACGGAUCCAAGAAAAUGUUAUGGAAGCGGGAUCCAGCUCACUGGAGGAGAUGAAGCAGCUUCUAAAAAGGCAGUUAAUGGAGAUGUUCAUCUUGAGUUUGCGCGUGACCUUUUGGAGAAGCUGGGGUCUGGCAUCAAUAGAGAAGAGAAGAAACUUCUAGCACCAAUGCUCGCCAAGCUCCACAUCUCACCAGCUUCAACGCCUGCUCUGCUCAAAGAAGUGUACAAUGAAGUAUCCAUUGCGAUUGAUGACAAGCUCAUCGCUGAUGCGACUGGUCGCAAUGCCUUGUUCAAGAUACACGUGUCACUUGGCAAGAUUGCGAACUCUCUCAAGGAGGACGCAGAUGGUACGGUAAGCUUGAAGAGCAGCGUGAAUAGCAGGAAAGGAAGCAUAGCGCCGAGCGGUGUAGACGAAGAGAGGACAGUCCUCAGUGCCGAUGGGGCUGAGGCAGAAGAAGGAGACAAGACGGAAUUGGUCAAGGUUGAGGAAGAGGAGGAAGAAGGCACCAUCAUUGGCAGAAGAGAUUCUCUUAUGUCGGAACUACUUAGUGAUGCUGAUGUGGAGAUGUCUGGCAUGUGAAGGUAAACUUCACCGCUGCUUGUAAUGAAUAUAUGACGGUGGUCUGGGCAGGUUACGGAGGGUUCGGAAAGUAUGCUUUGUUGGCGUUUCGGGUUCUCUUUUGUAUGUAUGGGAUAUCUGGUUAUUCAGUGGACAUAACGAACGAACAAUCAGUUGAUGCAUGUCGUGGAUGCUCGAAAAUGCCG